GUCCUCUCAGCUCGCAAACGAGACUUGGUAGUUAACAACGCCAAAGGAAAUCGUCCACAGGCUGCCCGCGAGCUAACAGAAGAUGAAGAGGACUUGUUGUUUCAAACCAGUCAGUUUAGGGAAGACGACCCCGAAGUUCUCCAGCGCACGGUAUGGUGGGUGCUGUCUUUGCAUUUCGGGUUUAGAGCUCGAGACGAGUGUCGAAGACUGCAGUAGGGUGAUAUAGCAGUAGAAGAUGAUCCAGUUAGUGGAAAGCAGGUCCUCGUGUGGAAAGCCGAACGAGGAUCAAAAACAAGACAAGGAGACGGCCACUGCAGGGCUUUUAGUCCAAAAGCCCUCGCCACCAACACCGAGCGCUGUCCAGUUCGUCUAUAUCUUAAGUUUGAAAGCCAUCGUCCUGACGAAAUGAAGAAACCCGACGCCCCUUUUUUCCUGGCAGUAAACCAUAGCAGAGCGCCUGACAAUCCGGUCUGGUACAAUCGAGCAGCUCUUGGAAAAAACAAGAUCGGAGAAUUUUUGACGAAAGCGGCUAAAAAUGCAGGGCUGCCAGGAAAUGUAACCAACCAUUCUGUGAGGAAAACGUGCAUUUCAAGGCUGAUGGAUGCUGAGGUUCCUGUUAAUUAUGGAGCACAACUGAGUGGGCAUAAGAACCUAAAAAGCUUAGGUUCUUAUAAGAGAGCUUCAGACGAACACCAGGGCAAGAUGUCUUUGGUUUUGAGCAGCGGCAAGAAGAAAUCUCCCAUCUUCUCAAACGCUGUACCAGUUAAACCAGCAGUCAAAGCCUGGGAGCUAGAGCCAUUCAAACAGCAAGAAAAAAAGCAAGCUUCUUUGGGCGAAGAGCAAGGCUUCUCUGGCCUUUUCACCGGUUCCAACAUCAGAAGUAUCGAGGGAUGCACGUUUAAUUUUUUAUUCAACAGUGCACCUUGCAGCAGUAGCGAAAACAUCAAUCAGUCAAAGCCGCGAAAAGCCACGUUAUUAUUUCAGAUUAAGUUAAAGUUUCCUCAUGAAGUUAGAUUUAUCAAAUUUAUUACCAGUAAAACAAGUUUUAAGUCGUUAGGAACGGUAAACUUCGCCGUGUUAGCGUCCUUCAUCCAUAUUAAUUAA